CGUGAUGGACACCCUCUAAAUAUACAGAAAAUAGUCGUGUUAGUUAAAAGCAGCUCACCUACGGAAAGGAGGAUGGGCAAGGGGCCCGCUCACCUGAAAUCCAACUCAUUUUAAUUAGUCUACGGUUUUAUUCUUUUCCUCCGUCCAGAGAUGUUUUUCGAUUGUCAAUAAUUCCAAUCAACCAAACCCGCAAGCCCUAAUUGGAAAGUUUUCCCCCAAUUCCCCAAUUCUAGGGCUUGCAAUUCCUAAUUCCAUCUCAACUAUUCAAUCCCUUGUUAUUCCAAUUGAUUCUCUCUAAUCAUGCCCAACGCCGCGAAAUUCUCCCCGUUAACAGGAUCCUUUUUCACCUUGUUCUUCGUGGUCGCUGUCCUCGUUUCCGCCGUCCGAUCAUUCGAUCCGUUGUUGCGCUUGCCGUCGUCGGACUACCUUGCCGACCAGCAUACCGAUGAUUCUCACCUCUGCCCCCGAAAACCCGACACCGAUCAAUUAUCUUGCCCGGUCAAAUGCUUUCGGACAGACCCCGUUUGCGGUGUGGACGGAAACACCUACUGGUGCGGCUGUGAGGACGCGCAUUGCUCCGGCACCAGGGUGGCUAAGCUGGGGUUCUGCGAGGUUGGAAACGGGGGUUCUGGCCCACUCUCCGGACAAGCCCUCUUGUUGGUCCACAUCGUUUGGCUCAUCUUGCUUGGCAUCUUCGUCUUGUUCGGUCUUCUCUGAAACAAAGGAUUCGUUAUUAUUUUUGUUUGCUGACUGAUUAAUUGAUUGAUUGAGAGUUUCUAUCUCUGGCGGAUGUUUGUAUUGUGUUUCUCUCAUCCUUUUUUGGUUGUAAAUUCUUGUAACUCAUGUUCAUUUGUUCAAUGAUACUAUAUUAUUUAGUUUAAAUUUUCACUUCUAAUGAAUUAGAGUUUCGUGUUGGAUUAAUUUGCAAUCUCUAGCUAAUAAUAUUGUGUCUUUCUUGUUGUUUUUAAUUGUGGUAGCUUGGAUUUCCCAUUUUACCUUGAGUUCGAUUGAUCAAUGAGUUUGGAUAAACUCCAAGAAAACAAUGAUUACUUUUAUUUCAUAAUCUUGGUCAUGUAUUCAGUUAGAGGUUUGAUAGUUUUGGUAGUUGGGUUAAAUGGGUUUAGAAUUGCUCGGUGACAGGUUUCAUAACUCAGUCCAAUGCUUCCUGUUGAAAUUUAGUCCGCGUUGGACAGUUUUAUGGGCAAGUUGAUUUGAGUCCUCCUUUCAUCCUUCAAAAACUUCAAUUUUGUUUUGAGUAAUGAUCGGUAGGGAACUUUUUGUUGAGGAAAAACCAAACUGGGGGAAUGGUCCAGUGCCUACUGAGGGUCACUCUGUAGUGUUUCAAUUACUGGGAAUGGUUUUGGCAAAUUUAGCAAAACAAUGACCCAAAUUUAUAUAUGAAGGUAAAGGAUACAUUAAGAAUGGUUUUAACAAUGGGUGGGUACAAAAUUGGGACUUUAAUUCUGUGAAAUCAGGAUAUCAAUGGAUUCGAGGAGAUAUAUAGAGAAAAGUAGAGAAGCUCAUAUAAAUUGGAGUAAGUAUUCUAAGGAUAGUUUAAUUGUUUGGAUUGCAUCCUAAGGAAGGCUGUAGACAUCUGACAGGUUAGUUAAACUGAAUCUUGUAGCAAGCACUCAUCAAGUGCUAGUUGUGCAAUGAGCAGGAAGCAACAGCAGAACACCUAUGCAAGUAUUCUGAUCAAGUUCGAAGUGAUUUGGAAGCAUGGCUAGGAUGCGGAAGACUGUCAGGAAACAUAAACAAUGGAUGAAUAAAAUGUUGAAAAUUUGGAAUCAAUGCAAAGUUAAGAAAGCAGUACUAUAUGCUACCAUUGUUGCUGUUGUCCAUCAACUCUGGAAACAGAGAAAUUCUGUGUAGUUUGGCAAAGGAAUUCCACAACCAGAAACAAUUGUGAAAGAGUUGAAACAAGAAAUUCUAUGGCGCACUCAAUGCCGUUACCAGAAAUAGUGGGAAAAGAUUAUUAGAAAGAAUAGGAGUUGUUGUCGCUGUUUUACAAAGAAUAACUGAUUGUAAUAUCAGGAAAUAGAUUUGUACUGAAAGUUACAACUGUGUGAAGUCGCUGUUUUGGAGGGAAGUCGAAUUCGUUCUGGACAGGCACUACUUGACUUGGCAAGGACAUAUCGUAUCCUGCUCGCUUGAGGAACAACCGUCCAAGAAUAUUCUUGUGCUUAAAAAAUAAAAUGUAGCUUAGCGGGCAAGCCGAAUAGAGCAACAAAAAUUUCAGAUGAUGGGGAUUUGCUUUCCCGAAUGACACCUACAUGAGCCCAUUGGUCACCAACUGCCAACUGGGUGGGAGCUAGAGGUGCCUAAUUUCUUCAUAUGAACUGUGAUCCGGAACACCUGAAUGGCAAAGGGACAAUCAAAAUCUACUACUUGACAGCUCUGCAAAGCAGAUCGGGAACAGAGUGGGCAACUGACAUUGGAAAACAAUUUCCCGAGGUUGAAAGAGAAAGGGAAUUGGUGAAUAAUUGCAGCAAAGGCACCACACAAAUAAGAAGAUUUAGUUAGGAAGCUUGAGAGUCCAGAGUUCACCCCAAUAUCAUUUUUAACUAAGCUUUUAGUUUCCCUCCACUAGAACUGCGGGUUUUAAGUCGUCAACGUGCAUUAACAUAAUUGAGAUAUGGUACUAGUAUCUUGGUGCCAUCCUAGCACAACAGAAUGAUGAGCAGGCAUAUUUCAGUAGAUGUUGUAGUAGAAGGGAAAAAGCGCUUGCCACGUUGUAUGAUUGCUGUCUUGGGUUAAUUUCUUGUGAUGGUUUUAGGGGAAAGGAUUUUGUUUGUGAGUAAUGAGCCCGGUGGAAAAAGAUUGUUUGCCUUUUCAUGAUGCGGAUGAACGUCAAAAUAUAUCGGAACGGUUGUUUUCACAUCUGCUGGAUGAACCCAAUUUUUCAAGAUUCAGCUGCUGAGGCAAAGAGUUAGAAUGAUAUAUAGUUUGUCAAUAAAAAGAAGACAGAUGUAUAAACAAUGUAUGAAAAUAUAUAUCAUGUGCACCC